CUGAAGAGUAACUUCAGCGUAAGAUUAAGCUCUGUCAUAGAAGACAGACGGAUCGACCGCUGAUAACGUAUAAAAAACGACGGAGUGAUGCUCAGAACUUACUGCGAUCCGAGUUUGCAUAGACAUAGAUUCAGGUUUUUAGAGUUUUUUUAUUUUUAUAAUUAUUACUAACCUGUUAUAGGAGUACUUUUAACUAAAAUAGAUGUUCUCGGAACAACAGCAUUCAACACCAUACAAAGUUUGCAAAAGUAUGGCUAUGUUCGUAAAAACAGGGUCGGACUAAUUGCGAACCUAAUUUCCAAGCGCGUCUGUUUCCCCAGUCCGAGCGAUAUCCUCCUGGAACAUGACAUGCAGCGGUGUUAUUUUGCGCUGUGAAAAGAGUAAGACAGUGUUAUCCUCUGUUUUGAUUUUCAUUUUAACUUUAAGUUUAAUUAGAGCGAAUUGUUUUAGGUGCAAUGCGCGGACGAAUGGGAAGAAGUACGUUUCUUUUGACGCUUUUGACUACUUUUAGCGGCAUUGUCAACUCAACAUACGGAACAUGGAAGAGCAGCUUUCAUUCAAAUCGUGUGAACAACGUGGAAAAGCCGUCAUCUCAGCCGCACAUCGUCUUUAUUAUGGUCGAUGACCAAGGAUUUCGCGACGUGGGGUAUCAUGGGUCUGAAAUAAAGACCCCAACACUGGACAGACUCGCUGCAGCAGGAGUCAAACUGGAGAAUUACUAUGUUCAGCCUCUGUGUAGCCCCUCAAGGAGCCAACUGAUGACCGGCAGAUAUCAAAUCCACACUGGCCUCCAGCAUUCCAUCAUCCGACCCAGUCAGCCAAAUUGCCUCCCUUUGGAGAACAUCACCCUUCCUCAGAAACUGAAGAACGCUGGGUACUCUACUCAUAUGGUGGGGAAGUGGCACCUUGGCUUCUAUAAACGUGGCUGUAUGCCUACACAGCGUGGCUUUGAUACCUUCUUUGGCUCUUUGUUGGGUAGCGGUGACUACUACAGCCAUUACAAAUGUGACAGCCCAGGAAUGUGUGGGUACGAUCUUCAUGAGGGGGAAGAAGCUGCCUGGGAGCAGGACCAUGGCAUCUAUUCCACCAUCAUGUAUACUCAAAAGGCAAUAAACAUCCUGGCCUCUCAUAAUCCUAAACGUCCCAUCUUCCUUUACUUGGCCUACCAGGCUGUACACUCACCCUUGCAGGUUCCUGCCCGUUACCUUGAACGCUAUAAGUCAAUCCCAAACUUGCAUCGCCGCAAGUAUGCUGCAAUGGUCAGCUGCUUGGAUGAGGCAGUACGCAAUCUAACUCUUGCUCUCAAGCAGUAUGGCUAUUAUGACAACAUGGUUAUGGUGUACUCCUCAGACAAUGGAGGUCAACCAAUGGCAGGAGGCAGCAACUGGCCACUAAGAGGCAGUAAAGGAACUUACUGGGAAGGAGGAAUACGAGCGGUAGGGUUUGUACACAGCCCUUUACUGGUCAAAAAGGGAACUAGAAGCAGGGCUCUGAUCCAUAUUACUGAUUGGUACCCAACACUGGUGAUGCUUGGUGAAGGUACUCUAGAUGAAAACCAGAACCUUGAUGGUUAUGAUGUCUGGGAAGCAAUCAGUGAGGGACGUCGCUCACCUCGACUGGAUAUUCUCCACAACAUAGACCCUGUCUACACCAAAGCCAAGAAUGGCUCUUGGAAAGCAGGCUAUGGAAUCUGGAACACGGCCAUCCAGGCAGCACUGCGUGUAGGUGACUGGAAGCUCCUGACUGGUGUGCCAGGAUAUAGUGACUGGAUUCCACCGCAGACUUUCUCCAAACUGCUGUUAGCCAAUCGUUGGCACAAUGAACGUGUGAACUGGGAUCGAGGCAAAUCUAUAUGGCUCUUCAACAUUACAGCUGAUCCGUAUGAACGAGUGGACCUUUCUCGACGAUACCCACAUGUGGUGAAGAAGAUGCUAAUCAGGCUUCUUCGGUACAACAAAACAGCUGUGCCAUGCCGCUACCCUCCCAAAGACUAUCGCUCCAAUCCUCAGUAUAAUGGGGGGGUCUGGGGUCCCUGGUACACAAAUGAUGAUGAAGAUGAGGAUGAUAACCUUCUCUCAUAUGAUUUGGAACAGAUGAAGAGUUGGAAGAAAGCAAAACGAAGAGGAAAAUUCAAAAGAAAGACCUAAGGUCUAUAGAAGUUUAUGUUGUCUCCCAUUUUGACUUUUGUGGUACCUUUUGUGGUAUGAACUCAGGGAUGACUGUAGUCUUUAACUUCCAGCACAGUCAUUUUCACUGAUUUAUAGAUUUACCUCCAAUUUCAAUUUAAACGUCAGUAGUGUGUAAUUUAAAUAUUUUCUAUUCCAGUUCAAUGUGCAGAGAACUAUAGGUGAUUCAUUCAACUUUUGUCUCAAACAAUGCUGCAAGUUUGGGUAAGGACAACUAGUGGCAGAUGAGAAAAGUGGAAGAACUCUGGUGCUACUAAAACCACAAAAAUGACAAGCCUUCAAUGAAAAUGAAGAAAAUAAAAUAAAAUGCAUGAUGAGGAAGGAAAUCACUUGAAUUCCUACUGUACGUCUUACAGCUUGAAUAAAUAAAAAACUAAAAAAACUUUUUGGGUUGCAUAAGAAAGUUAAAUGAAAUUAAUUAUUGGCAAAAAUUUGAAUUCUAUUACUGUAUAUAUGUCUUAUUUGAUGUUUUGCCUGGUCUGGCACCAGUGAAACUUGAAUUUAAGAUCAAUACAUCUUUUUCUUAUCCUCCUGUUUUCUCUAAAUUUUGCUGUGUGUUACAUUUCAAGUAUCAUUAUGCUUAACUUGCUUAACAUACCACUAAUAUUUUAGUAUGUACCGUUUUACAAUACAUAGUGUAUUCAACCAAUAAGUACACAUACUAAAAUACACUCAAGCAGUCAUUUUUUUCCUCUUGCAGUAGUUUGAAAAAAUGAAGAAUUUCUGUCAUUUGAAUGACUGUAAGUCAAUACUAAACGUUUCUGCAAAAUUGAUUGUCCUCAGCAGGGAUUUUAGAUUUAGUCUGACAAUUUAAAAAAUACAAUAAUGAAAUGAAUAUGGGCUCAACAUAUUAUUAAAAAGAAAUAAAUAAAGAAAAGUAUUGAUUUUUUUCAUCCUUUGGUACUAUUUUUCAAGGUAUAAACAAAUACUUUGUACACUUACAAAAGCAACGAGCAAAUUUUGUCAUUAACUUUGUUUCAAUAUCUGUGCCAUUGCAAUGGUUUGUCCUGCCAAAAGUUAAAUCUCUUUGGUGCACAAUCACUUUCCACAUAGCUGUAUGAUAAGCAACAAAUACAUAUUGUAUAUUACUGUGCCAUGUCACACAGCAGUUUCACAUUCAUUUUGCAUGGUCUAAUUGCUUGUUACUUGAAUCUUGUUGCAUUGUGCCUGUUUAGGACAUGGUAUAUUACUUUCCUGCAGUCCAUGUUUUACUGAGAUUGUUACAGUGACUUUCAGCUGUGUGGUUAUGUCAGUCAGUAAGCCAGAUGCAUAUGAAGCUCAGAACAUUCCAAAAAACAGAAAAAAAAAAAUGAACAUGAGUUUUAUUGUUUGGUGCUACCCUAGAGCGUAACAAAAUGACGCAGCUGGAUUAUGUAAUCUGGACCAUUUCCUUGAGAACAAUCCAAUGUCCCUGGCCAAUACGCCACAGCUGUCUUCAUAAAACUCAUGUGAAGCAAAGCUGGAACAGAUUACAAUUCCCCACAUUUAAUGUACCAAAUAACUAGCAGAAUGACACCCUACCAACUUCAUAUGUCAACAGGAGGUAUUAAGCUUGCCUGCAGGGCUGGAUCUCUUGGCAGUGUUUUGCAUUCCUUGAGGCUGAGCUAUUCCAUUUUUUUUGUAGGUAUGCUGUUGGUUGGUUCACAUUUGUCUAUGCUGUCACUGGACUGUUAUACCUUGUUAGAGGAGACACUUUCUGUAUUGCAUAAUGUGCCCACAUAGUAAAAUUCAUAGGCAUAGUUCUAAGACAUGUACUGUUUUAAUUAUACCUACCACAAUAUUUACUAAUGGAAAUAGAAUAAUUAUCCACUGGCAAAGCUCUCAGUUGAUUUGGAAAAUGUUCCACAAACAAAAUGUUAAUGGGCCAUAGUUACCGGAUGAUAAGGUUAAUCGCAAAAUGCCUGGCUAAUACAGGAUAUGUUGGUAGGUAUAUAUAAGCUAUGUAUUGAUUUUGAUGUACAUAAACGUCUAUGAUAGGAUAUGAAGGUGUAUUAUGUGUAUUUGUGUGUGUGUAUGUAAAAGUCCUUCAUCUUUAUACAUUAUAGCUUUGAUAAAGUUUGUUGGCUUGCAUAUUUGCAUAAACUCCUGUUUCCUGUAAUGGCCAGUUUAGCCAAGCAUGACUGGAACUCUUUCUGGCAACCAGCAAAGGUUCGGCAGGUUCAUAUUUUUACACCGUAUCUCCUUUAUCCCUGUCUUUUCUCUUAAAAAGCUGCUCUUUUUAUUUUGGUCUCUCUCAUUCAAGUUCUAUUACUACCUCUCAAUCUUUUGUUUUUCCCUCAAAAUUCUUGUAAAAACAUGCAUAUGCAAAUAUUAGUAUUUAUUUUAUGGCCAUAUAUAACUUGCACCCACCCUG